AGGAAUGUGCCAGUUUGCCUGCUAAAAGUGUUUGUAUACAGGUGGCGCUUGUUGUCAAAAAUAAGGAAGUAAAGAAAUGUGAAGUCUUCUGCUGGGAAAACUACAUCGAAAAUGUUUACUACUACUGGAUGAUAAGAUAUUGUUAAAACCAAUACAUUUAAGAAAUGGGGAAAGAUCAUGAUUUGCUGGAAGCAUGCCGUACAGGAACAACAGCAACUGUUGAGAAGCUAUUAGCUGCAAAAUAUGUUAAACGAGGAUCAAAAGCCUCCAUAGGCUCCGGUGGUGCUCUUUCAACUAAAAUUUCACAAAGCUUAUUGAGUUUAAAAUGUCCUAAUGUCAAUUGUGCUGAUGGAAGUGGUGAAACCCCAUUACAUCUUGCUGCACUUAAUGGACACAGAGAAAUUGUAUCAAUUCUACUAGACUGUGAAGCGUCCCCUACAAUUUUAGACACUCAGGACUGCUCUCCCUUACAUUUGGCAGCAUGGAAUGGGCACACAGAAAUAUGUAACUUACUUCUCCAGUCACCUCAGGGCCAAACUUUGAUUAAUCUUCAGACAAGGGAGGGUAAUACAGCAUUACAUUUCACUGCACAACAUGGCCAUGAUAACACGUCAUGUUUAUUACUUCAGAAAUGUGCUGACCCAACCAUUCGCAACCUUGAAGAUUUGUCACCCCUUGACCUUGCAGCACAGUACGAUAGACUUGACAUAGUUAAACUUCUUGUCAAAUCCCACCCAGAACUGGUAGCUCAAAGGUCAGCUCAGAACACACCCCUACAUCUGGCUUCACGAAAUGGUCAUCGUGCUGUUGUCCAGUUUUUGCUGGACUCAGGAUUUCCUGUUGAUGCUAGGACUGACAAAGGAACAGCCCUGCAUGAGGCUGCCAACUUUUGUAAGCUGGAUGUUAUCAAGUUACUUUUAGAAAGAGGCAUUGACAUAACUGUGAAAUCACAGACAGGAUGUACUGCAGAGGACAUCUUGAGAUCCAUACCUUCAAAAGCUGCAGAAGAUGCUUAUAAUAUCCUUAAAGCUCAUAUUUACCAUCAACGAACCCCUGACUCUGACGGUGAAAUGGGAAUCGUACCUAAUCAAAGCGCAGAGUUACCCUUGCCAAGCAUAGCUCCGAAAACAUCUCCCCCGAGCAUAGCUCCAAAAACAUCUCCCCCGAGCAUAGCUCCGAAAACCUCUCCUCCCUCUCAAGGUCUUCCUCUUACUGUGCCAGUAGAAACCUCAGCUAAUGAACAAAGAAAAACUUUCCUCCAGAAAAGACGUCGAAAAAUUGUUACAUGGGUUCUUCCUCCCAAUGGCGACCUGUCAUUGCCCCCACCAAUUCCACCCAGACAGUCAGUGAGAGCAGAGAGAAGUGACAGCAUUAGUGACAGCAGUUUGACACCUCUACGAAUUAGAUCAGACAGGGGAAGUGAAAAAGACCUGUCCAGUGAUGAAGAUAAAAAUAAACUAAGCCCUAGAGAUAUCAGUCCUUCAGCCAGAAGCCCCUCCGAACAACCAAAAAAACCUCCCAGAAAGAAGCCAUUAAGUUUCCGUCGGACUGAACCAGGGCAUCUUGCCUCGGCAGAUGCUCCCUUGAGUACUGGAGCAAGUAAUUAUGUUAACCUUGAUCCCGAUGUUGAGAGAGCUAUUAUUGAUGCUAAAAUGUCCAUUCAGUUAGAGUCUAGAAAAAACCAAGAUAUUGCCAACCCCCCUACCCAGCUUAAUAAUAGCGAUAACCCAACUGUGAUACCUCAAGUUGCUGAAAACAACAACGAAAAACAUUCAUCAGAAAUGCUGAAGAGUCAAGCUGAGGCUGUGAUAAUAAAGGGAGAUGAUACAGCAGAUAGUAAUAUAGUUUCAGAAGUAGUUAUCUCCCCUGAAACUACUGAUAUUGAUGAGAAAAAAAGUGAACAAAGCUCAAAACCCCCAUCAUCAUUAGACAUAGGGCACAUUGGGGAUGGGGCUGAAGCAAAUCCACGGUCCCCAACACACCACCGCCAGCCCCCAACUCCAGACUGCCCACCCCCUUCACCUGGAACUGCUCUACAAAAUAUUCAGCGCAAGAUGCAACCAAUGGAAAAAAGAAAAUCCCGAGACAUGGAAACUAUAACAGAUUCAGCCAUCACAGGCCCAGGAGGAUCCUCCCCUUCAGACUCAACUGUGGACCUGCUCACCCCUGUCAAAGAGGAAACCACUGUGGCUGUGGUGGGCAAACCUCAGAAACAGAAACCCAAACCCUUACCCAGGAAAUCCAGCUUGUCCUCAGACACAAGGGAUAUAAUCGUUGCACACCCAGUGGCACACCAUGACUCGGUGGUGGUCACGGAGUUACAUCCCCUUAGACCAGAGGAUUGUAACAACAGCCAGCAUGAUGAUGGUGGUCAUGUGCUGCGUAGUCAUCAAGACCAGGAGGUCAGUGAAGAGGAGAGGAGAGUCCACUUAGCAGACGGGAGGUCUUCGUCGGAAUCUUCGGUCAUUCUGUCACUCCUGGACGACGGCACGACAUGUGCGGAUGUGAACGGGGAGAAGGUCCAGAUGAGGAGGUCACUCAGUGCCGGAGUGGAGCCGAUGGAAUGGGAGGGGCAUGUGUUUGCUGGUUUAUUCAGAGGCUCUGUGAUUGGCCCGGCUCGAGAUAUUGCCCACCAGCUAGGUGGAAAUAAUGUCACCACCUUGUGGAAGAAAAGGAAAUCCACGUUGUCCACCUUUGCUCCGGUAAUGGAGGAAGACAAGGAUCUGGAUCCAGAAAAGAUUCUGUCUGAGAUUGACAACAUUGGAGCUGGCAAGGAGAGUGACAAAAAAAAGUCUGAUGAUGAUGUUUUUGAGGAUGAUUGGGCCAAGAUCAAUGCAACCUUUGCGGAAUUCGGUGUAAGCCUCGGAAGAGAGUCUGUUUUCAUACGUGAGCAUGAAGCAAAUUUCAACAAGUUUCUUUCAUCGGGUAAAAAAGGUGAGAAUAAGAUCCAAAGUGUGGGAGAGUGGCUGUCUGAUGUAGGACUCCCACAGUAUGAGAAUACCUUGGUGGCUAAUGGAUUUGAUGACACUGAUUUCCUGGGUGGGGGCAUCCUUGAGGACCAGGAUCUAAUAAUUAUUGGAAUAGGUGAUGGAUCACAUCGCAAGGCUAUCCUAGAAGCUGCAGCCAAGCUGUCUAAGCUUCACCCUAUUGAUCCUUCAAAUCUCCCCCAUACUGUGGCAGAAUGGCUUGGAUCACUUAGAUUAGAUUAUUACUUUGAUACAUUCAUGUCUCACAAAUAUGAUUCCAUGGACAGAGUUAUUAAAAUUUGGGAGCUGGAACUUGUUACAGUUUUAGAUAUAACAUCAAUAGGUCACAGAAAAAGAAUCCUUGCCUCAUUAGGAGAGAGGAGGGUGGAUACAUCCACUAGCCCAGCUAGAACAAGACUACCAAGCUUAGAAAGUCUGGGUGGUCCUAAGUCUCCAUUUGACCACGUAGACUUGUACAGAGAUUACACAGGAGUCCGCUCUAAAGUUUCUGACGCUGGAAGUGAUUCUGACCUGGUCCAAGGAAACCUUAUUGAUUUUGAUAAUUCUAAUCCAAGUUCACCUGCUCAGGGACGUAGCAUAAGGGACGAUACAAUCCACAUCCGUGCCCCACACCUGAUGCACUACACUGGUGCCAUUAAACAGUGGAGACACAAGCCUGAAAUCCUAAUCAAAGGCUGCUGUAACUAUACUGCUCAUUAUUUAGGCUCUACACUAGUUAAAGAAUUAAAUGGCCCUAUGUCAACUCAAGAGGGAAUAACAAAACUUAAGCAUCGUUUACGCAGGAAACUGCAGAAAUCUUCUGAGGUUAUAAGCAAGAUUCCAACCAUCAUGUUGUCUAUAUCAUUCAAAGGCGUCAAGUUUAUCGAUGCGGCAUCUAAGAAAGUGGUUUGUGAUCACGAAAUAGCCAACAUAUUUUGUGCUUGUCAAGAUGGCGAGCACAUGAACUUCUUCGCCUACAUAACGAAAGACCGAGAAACAGCCAGGAACUACUGUCACGUAUUCAGUGUCAGGAACAGGGAAUUGGCUGGGGAGAUAAUUUUGACCUUAGGUGAAGCUUUUGAAAUAGCCUACCAGAUGGCACUUAAAGACAGAGCUGAGCUAGAGGCUGAGGAGUUUGAGAAACUGAGCACAAGUGAUGGUGAUGACACAACUUCCAUAUCUUCUAAGGCAUCCAUCAACACUGUCUGACAUCAGUGACUGAUCUAUCAUCUCCAGUAUACAAUUUGACCCAAGAGAAAUGUCAGUCCCACUUAUCUGUUAGCAUGGGUCUGACAAGUUGGAUACCAAAGAAGUCAGUCAUAUAAGAUAUUACAUCAGUUCAACUAAACACAAAAUCUCUAAGUUAAAUCUAGCAUAGUUUUUUUUUCUCUCUCUCCAACUUAUUGUAAUAUUUUAUACAGGCACCACUGGUUUGUACACAUGUGUGUGUAUUGUUUAAUAAUAAUCAAAAUUGUAACUAGCUGAUAUUCAUGUCCAGAAUGAUUCAUACAUUGGAUCAUCCCCUAACGUUUCUUUCAGGUUAACUUUUUUUCCUACUUCUUGAACAAACUUUUCUUGCCAUUAGAGUGUACACAUAGAACUCUACUUGCUUUUAUACAAAAUGGAUUUUGCUCAUUAUGUUUUAUUGUUAUACAUUUUUUUUUUUUUUUUUUUUUACAAUUUUUCAUUGUCAAUUUGUAUUGAUUGAACAAUAUUUUUCAUGACAAAUUCACACAAAAAAUAUUUCUGGCCAGUUAUUUUUUUAAAUCUUUCCAAAUUAAUUAUUUUGUUGUUAUUUUUAUUCUAUCACUUCUAAUGCUGUCUUAACUCAGUAUAAAACAUUAAUUAGUGUUUAUAAAAUAUAUUUAAAGAAUUGCUUUUAUGCAGAUUUGAGCUCUUAUGAACCAUACACAUUGAAGUAUUUCUCUUGUAUAGUUUAAUCUCUUUUAAAGAAAAUUUAAUCAGUUUUAUAAAUCUAAUCAUAUAAAAAGUGAAAGAAUGUCUGCUUUUUUUUUACUUUUCUUCUAAAAAGUAUUUUAAACAUUUUAAAGUAAAUAUCUAAAGACAUUAUUUGCUCUGAAAAAUUCUUUAUUCAUUUAUAAUGAAGUAACCAAUCAAUGAAGUCCCAGAUUUUAGCCUGUAUAAGUAAUAUUUUAUUUAUUGAUAGAUAGUCAUUUUUUUUUAUCUUAUUGUUUAAUUUUACUUUACCUAUUAUUUUCCAGAGUAUAUUUUCAAUAUUCAAAAUAUACAAGCACUAUUACUCUCAUUUUUUUUUUCUGUAGUUUUAGCAAAGAUUAUAUACAAGUGUUUCCUAGCUUUCAUUAUUCAAAUACAUUGGCCAAUUUUUAUUUUUAAUUUUUUGCUUUGUCUUUCACUGGAGUUAAAAUUUUUUUUUUAAAUUGUAUAUAAAAUAUGAAAAGAAAUUGUAUGUAAACUCAUGAUAAAUGAGAAGGAACUGAGAUAUAUAUAUAUAUAUAUAUAUAUAUAUAUAUAUAUAUAUAUAUAUAUAUAUAUAUAUAUAUAUAUAUAUAUAUAUAUAUAUAUAUAUAUAUAUACAGGCAGAGCUGUAUAGCUGAUCUCAGGAUUAAAAUACAGUUUUAACUACUCCCUGUUAUUAUCCUAAUCAACUAUUUAAUCAAAAUUUCAAUUCUAAAUAUUGUACAAAAAAUCAGAUGUAUUGAAGAAUUAUUGCUACUUAAUCAUGCUGGAGAAAUUAUUUCUCUAUCUGGGAUGUAUUAUGUUAGGGCUUAGCUCAGCAGUCUUUGACUCCGCUCUCUUUAGCUCAGCUGUUGAGCUGUCUUUAGCUCAGCUGUUGAGCUGUCUUUAGCUCAGCUGUCUCAGUAGUCUCUAGCUCAGUAGUCUUUAACUCAGCUUUCUCUAGCUAAGCUGUCUUAUGCUGGCUAUCUGCAUGACAGUCUCUAGCUCUGUUCUUUUCAACACUUGAACCAUUACCGUUGUGUUUCUCUUAACAUUUUGCUCUAUUCGUCUCUGAUUUAUUUUGCCUGUUACAGUAGAUUUGAAGUACAAGAAGAUGUAAAAAACCCUUUUCACCUGUCCCACUUACCUUCCUAUAACCAAACUAUACCUGUGGCAAUCAUAUGAUCUCCUACUUAACAUCCCACCUAUCUGAAGAAAUCACUUUUAUUUAUAGAUGUAUGUAUAUUUUUUCUUGAUAUCUUUAAAAAAAAGUUCUUAAAAAUUAACUUUAUUUUUACUAAAUAUUUGAUUUCAUUGGUUUCAAUGUAACAAAUUAUAUCAUAAAAUGUUUUUUCUUAUUAGGAGCAUUAUUUAUACUAUAUUUAAAAAAUAUUUAUAUUAUUUACCAAACUUACUCUUAUAAAGAAAAAAAACUGUACACACUAUUGACAGCUGCAUUAUGUGGCAUAAAUCACGAUAAUUACAGUAGUGAAACUAAAUAAUUUAAAUGUAAGAUAGUUUAAAGAAACAAAUAUAGACUAUACAUUAAUUAAUACAGAUGAUUUAUUUAAAAUUAUUUAUGUCUAAUUAUUUUCUUGUGAUAUGCUUGUAAGAGAAAUCUAUUAGUAACCAUGUGCUUGCUUGUCUUUUAUUUUUUCCUCUUCUAUGUGGGAGUUUAAUAAGGACAGCACUUAGUCAAAGUUUGGUUGAAUAAAAUAGCUCUUGAGAUGGCUUAGUAUGCUUUUUUUUGCAACAUUACAUACGGGCGUAAAAUCAACUUAAUGAUUUUAAAGCUAUUUUACUUUUUACUUACAAUUUUGACUAACUACACAGGUUUAAUGUGUCCUAGUUUACAACUAGUCUAUUUAAUUUCUGUGUUAAUAAAUUAUUUUAUUGAAUUCCAUGCCUGUUUCCGUAAACAUAAAAUAAUAUUUAAAUCAGAAUAAAUAUCUUUUUAUUAACACCAAAAUAAAGUUGCAUGUUAUGUUAAUGGUAAUCAGAUUUUAAAAUUAUCUCCACAGUGAAUUAAAUGCCCUUGUCCUUACGAAACUUCCAUUCUGAUCUAUUUAGUACCUACAAAACCUCUAUUCUCUGCUUAGCAAAUAUUGUUUUAAUUAACGAACAUAUCAUUCAGUUAGUUAACCAGCCUACAAUAUCAGGUUGUAACCCUCUUCAUUAUUUUAUUGCCAUAUUAUAUGCGCGGACAGACUGGCCAUACCAGGAAACUGUUGAUGUAGCCUUUAUUCUUAUAUACACAUUACUCUUUUAUUACUAUAUAACAGAGUUUAUUUCCACAGAAUUCAAUACCUGGCCAUUAAUUUCGUCAUUAUUUUCUUUGAAUUUUUUUUUUUUUACUUGAGAAGAAAUUAUUUUGAUUCAGUGGAGUGUAAAUGAUAUUAAGGUGGGCCAGGGGUGUCGGUCUGGGUGUUGUUUUGUUGUGUAAUAAAUUAAUUCAAUUCAAGGCUGUGUAAUUGGCUGGCUGAUGCCAUACGAACGUGGCUUGGUGGUGUUGUUGUUGUGGGUUUUUGUUUUCUUGGGAAGAGUUAGAGGGGGGAGGUAAAUUGAGUUAGCAGGAAACUUUGUUGUCUGCCCUUGAUGUCUGAUGACGUCUCAUGUUUUGAAUGGAAGAAGCCUAAAAAAAAUUUCUCGCAUCUGUAGGAGUGCGCCAGUAACAGAUUUUUUCUGACAUUGUUUUUAUAACAUAUACAUUAUAUAUAAAAUGUAUGUAUAUAUAUAUGUAUGUAUGCAUAUAUAUAUAUAUAUAUAUGUCUUUUUAUUGUAAAUCUUGUGAUUUUUUUAAUGAUCGUAGUUAGUCUAAGAUAACCAAAUAGACAAUCAGCAACUACUGUAGAAGAAAGCCCACCCGUUUGAUACACACAAUCUGAAGCAUAUUGUAAUUUUGUUCCUUAUAGUUACGUUGUUUUCUUUUUAUUUUGUUUUAAAUGUGUUGAACUUACUUGUCCAUUUACAGAAAUUUUUUUUUUAAAGGUUUUUUUUUUCAAACUGCCUUCCCAGGCUAGAGUCAUGUUUUCUAUUCCAUUUAUGUCGUUGAACCUCUUGUCAUAUGUAGCAAAGAUGUUAUACACUGAAGACAGUAUUAGGUAAACAUGUUGCUAGGGUUUAGCAGUGGUGGGGUUAUUUUUACUCUAGCUGAAGUAAAUGAGGCGACCAAUUAUGUGUGAGUUACGUGUUGAGGGUUUUUUUUGUAUGUACAUAGUUGAUCGUUUCUACUCGAUGUUUUAACAUGUCAUCGCAGUCAAUUAAACAUUCACGUUAACACGCU